CUGAUCCGUUUGAUUCUUCAAUCGAUCGAUGUUCAUUUUGAAAAGACGCGACAAAGUGUCGGGCUUGUUUUUGAACGGUUUCUCCGUGUUCUCCGUGCUCUCGUUUUCACUUAUGUCUUUGUAAUAAUCGUAGAACAUCGAGGUCGCUUUGUCCUCUUCGACUCCUACGUGCAACCCCGUGUCGAUUCGAUCGGAAGACACGAUCAGGACGAACGGAAUUGAUAAUAAUCCGAUCAAUAUCCACUUGCUCGCAAUGGGAUCGGUCAUCUUUGCAAUUCACAUUUGUUGCUCGAUACUGUCAGGGCAUAUUACACGGAGGGCGAUCUCGCCGAUUUAACACAACAGUUCAGAGUCGGAGGGUAACAGAGCUCAAUCCUCCUGCGGCGACGUUUACACAUAUCAUUGAUUGCUUUCUAUGGUCGUCUUGAUCGAACAGAUAUCGACAGCAUCGAAUUCUGUAAUGCUUCUGCAUAAUUGUCAUAGCGAUAAGUAUGCUCACUGAAAUAUCGGAUACAGUUCCCCAUUAAACACUUAACAUACUAUGUAGUUAAUCAAGGAUCGACGUGUCUACGAAGCAUGAUUGGCGCAACGAGAAUUCCCAACGAAGUUUUAACGAUUCACUUGUUUCGACAGAGUUCGAAAGACUUUUGGCAUUAUCGUUCCACGAUACACGGGCGAACAAAUCAUCGAAAUCGUCGGAAUUCGUUACUGUUAUAAGUCAGCUUGUAAGGAGGCACUGCUUCGAAUGACACAUGGGAGAGUGUCGAUAGAUCGAGACAAAAUGCUACUGCUUCGCAAACGAGCAUCCGGCCAGUAGCCGAGCAUUGAAAAGUUCAGAACAAGGGACUCUCUGUUCCAUUUAUACUGUCUGCACACGUGUUCAUUUUCAUCGACUGAUCUCGACGAAUGUCCGAUCUAUGAGGAAAUGAAAUUGAAACGGCCGGCACAUCACGAGUCUCUUAGCGAUAAAUCAGAAUUUUGCUGACGAGGUUUCCCAUCGGACAGAUCGAACGUGUUCUCUCGCAGCUGACAAAUCUUACUGACAAUUGCACGAUGCUCUCCGGUAAUCUUUGAAUCAACUAAGACUACCGUUGUAUCGUUCUCAACGUGUUCAAAUUACCAACGAAAGGGAACAAUGUCUAUUCGAUUUCUGCAGCUUGCGAUCGGUGCAAAUCAUUUUUAUUCCGAACGAAGAUACCACGGUCUAAUGAUAAAGUAUCGAUUAAGAUGUUUCUAGGGAUUGGUAAAGCGUGCCUAGAUCGAUCGGAUCGAUGCGCGAUUUCGCGGGCCCGUUCUUCCACGCGUUUCACACGCUGCAAAUCAAUAAUUCGGAUUCUAAAAUAAGACACCAUGAUGGAACGUCAUAUAAACGAGGCGUCGCAUGAACCACCAACGUGUCGACGACAGUAUACGAGGAAGGGUGUCGUGUUCAUGUCACGUGUAGGAGGGAUGUUGAACGGUAGUCUGCUACGACAGCAGCAACAGCAGCAGCAGCAGCAGUAACAGUAGCAGGAGAGGAGCAAACCAGCAUGCGAGGUCAGAAAAACGCUGCAGUCCCCGUGUGACCCGCAUACAUAUCUCAUCAAUCCGACGUAAAUUGAUUCUUCUGCUCGGAUAUCGGCAAACCACGCGUGCACGUCGGCCAUCCACGAUCUACAGCGGCCGAUCGUCUGAUUCAUUCUUGCUUUCUCAACCGGUUUAUCUCGCGGAGACAGAUAACCGACGUCGUUAACAAUUUAUCGUGGGUGUAUUUCAAAUCGGAGUGACUAUUUAAACGGAUUCGAAUUUUAUUCACGAAUGAAUCGGACCCGUUCAAAUUGAUUUUCUCGUCGGACGCGAGGGUCGUUCGACUCGCGGGAUUUUUCUAGAGAUUUUCAAAUUUUCACCUCGACGGCGAGGGAAGAGUCUGCCCAGUUACCUAAUCGUAAAUCUCGUGGACAAUCGCCGCGUGUUUGUGUAUCAAACAGCAGUGUCUGAAGAAAUUUUGCUGGCAAAUGAGCUGAAUCCAUGAAAAUCGAGCUGCUGGUUGAACAAAUUUAACGAGUGACACUCGAACUUGGUUUCGCUUUGAUUUCGAAUUGCUUCCGCGGUUUCUGUUUGUCGUUUCGUUUUGUGCGUAUUGUUGCUGAGCAGAGGAGGCAUAGUCGCAUAAGUGUAAACGUUAUGUCGAUGUUAACACUUCUGCUGGUGGUCGCGCUGGUUUUCGGCAGCUCCGCUGAAGAGGAGGACUAUCGAGGGGGUUCGCAAGGAGAUCUCGGAUACGCGGAACAAUGUCGCGCCACGAACGUAUGGAAGGCGCAAUUGGGAUACGUGAAUGUCUUCGCUUUCUUAGAUCCUUCCUGGAAUUACAGCUAUAGGCAGGCAGUCAUGUUGGAGUUACUGAAGAAACGAUUAGAGCGGUCUGGCUUUUUGGACAUUUUGUUCUUCGUUGUGGCGCCGUCGUCGAACUUGCCGGAAAACAGUGUGGAGAAUAAUAUAGAGAUAAGAACAUGGAAAGAGAUAUCAAAGAAUAUGGUCGGUCAGGAAUAUAUCUGGGGUGUCGAGGAAACGCAGCCCAACGAUCAGGAAAAAAACAAGGGAAAAGGCAUCGUUUUUCUCCGGGAUACGCCCGAGUUAGGUAUCUGGCAUCAUUUCCGCGCCUCGAGGGAUGAAGUGGUUGUUCUCGAUCGAUGUGGUAAACUAACAUAUCAAGUGAUAAUACCUUGGAGUAUACUAUAUUUCCCUUAUGUUAAAGCGGCUAUUCUUUCUACGUACAAAGAAUAUCCUUGCGGCCCUUGUAACGAACAACCAUCACCAGUCUAUAACACAGUAGAAUACGAAAAAUAUCUGUUCGAGAACGCAGAAGCAGCAGAGAAGAGUCCUGAUCCUUAUAUAGAACAAACUCCUCAUAACUUAAAGUUAAAUUUUCCCGAACUAUUUCCUGAAAAUUUAACAUUGCUUUCGAAGGAAGCAAAUGCGGAAGAGAAACAUGAAAAUACAAGUAUUCUAUACUCUACUAACACGAAUCUAGAUAUUAAAGAAACUGCAGCUUCUCUAGUCACGAUAACGGAUACGCCACCUUCGAAAAUAGAUCAGACAGGUACGGUGUCCGCAGAAAAUCUACUGCAAAAUAACAAUGCGAAAGAUAAUGAUUCCUUCGUCGAUGAUAAAAUAGAACCAACCACAGAAGUCUCCUCGGGACAAGGACAAACUGAAAUUUUGCCUACGGUCUCGGACCUCAAGACGACGGAAGAUUACAGAGAAACGCAAGGUAGCGAUUCUCUAAAAGAACAAACAGUCAAGACUAGCGACAAUUUAUUGUUUACCAUUAUCAGUACGCCCAUUGAUACGAGGAAACUUCCAGAAGAGCUUGAAAACAUAAAGGACCGUGCGGGUGUUAAAAGCGCGAAAUCGCAAAUAAAAGAUAAUCAGGAUCUGCCUUUACGCAUCAUUUUGUACGCGCCACAUGUUCAUCAAGAAAAUCAGACGUCGAAGGAGUACACGCAUUUAAUUCUGAAAUCAGGAAGUCCUGAUUACCAUGACCAUUUCCAUAGUAUGAGUGGAAUUUACGAACAAGAGCCGAAAGUGAACACGAAUUCAAGGAGUAAAUUAGCGAGUAGUCCGAAUGAGAGCCCAGGAGUAUACGGGGAAAUAGCAUACUAUUGGAGAACAACCGAAGACGAUGAGUUUAAUAACCAAGACGAGAAUACAGAGCUCUUGGAGCUUGACGAUGAUACGAUGGAAGGAGCCGAGACUAAAAUUGAUGAUACUAUCGAUAGUGAUGAUGGUACACUGGUUCAAUCCAGUGAUGACGAUGCAACAGAUGCGAGUAUGAAAAUGAAGGUUGAUGAAGAUUCAGAAGAGUUUGUACAACGUAGAUUGAUUGAACAUUAUAAUAAAUUAGUGCCGUGGAUUCGUUAUAUUCUUUAACAAAUAAAUCAUAUUUAUUUAAUAAAUGUAUAUUACGGAAA